AUGCCUAGGAUCAUGAAACUUCAUAGGUAGAUUGAUCAUGACUCGCAGAUGACCCCUAUUGAUUUUGAGGUCACAAGGUCAAAGGUCAAGGUCACGGUGACCCGAAAUAGUAAAAUGAUUUCGGAUGAUAACUCAAGAACGCUUUUGCCUAGGAUCAUGACACUUCAUAAGUACAUCGAUCGUAACUCGCAGAUGACCCCUAUUGAUUUUCAGGUCACUAGGUCAAAGGUCAAGGUCACAGUGACAAAAAACGUAUUCACACAACGGCUGCCACUACAACGGACAGCCCAUAUGGGGGGCAUGCAUGUUUUCUAUAGAUUUCAGCAAGACCCACCAAUGGAUAAUAGACAUACAAGACCCCACUGUUGACAUUAUAUGUUUACAGGCAUUGAGGCAACUGUUGAAGACACCCACAGUCUAGAAUCUAUACAGGAGUCGGAGCCUCUCAUGAUACAACAUGCCAGUGUUGACUGUGCUGAUCAUAUGCAAUCUACAGGUUUCACUUUGGUUCUUUCAGAGUCCAUGUCAACUGCUGACAGUGAAGAGCCAGGCAGUCUGACCCAUGAUAGGAGGGAGCCAAGUGAAGAGCCAGCCAGUCUGACCCAUGAUAGGAGGGAGCCAAGUGAAGAGCCAGCCAGUCUGACCCAUGAGUCCAUGUCAACUGCUGACAGUGAAGAGCCAGGCAGUCUGACCCAUGAUAGGAGGGAGCCAAGUGAAGAGCCAGCCAGUCUGACCCAUGAUAGGAGGGAGCCAAGUGAAGAGCCAGCCAGUCUGACCCAUGAGUCCAUGUCAACUGCUGCCAGUGAAGGGCCAGCCAGUCUGACCCAUGAUGAAAUGAGGCAGCCAAAUCCUCAAGGGACAGGGACAAGAAAAGGAAUGAAACGAAAGUGGGCCAGCGAAGAGAACAUAUGUUUCAUGAACUUUUUUAGAGAUGAAUUAAGAGAAAAAAAAAUGCCAUCUGGCUCAAAAAUAAUGGGGUCCCUAAAAAUACUUACCGGAAGAACAGUGGCCCAGAUAAGGGCAAGGGUCCAUAACAUUAUUAUGGAAAAACAAAAAUGGAAAAAGAAUUGUUGAACUGUGGAAUAUGUUUAUGCCCCUGGUAGGGUGGCAUAUAGCAGUUGAACUGUCCGUCAGUCAGUCAGUCUGUCCAUCUGGCCGAAAACUUAUAUGGCCAUAACUUUUUCAAUAUUGAACAUAGCAACUUGAUAUUUAUACCCCUAUUACAAUUGGUAAUGGGGGCUAUAUAGGAGUCACGUUUGUCGGUCUGUCCCGAUAUUUCAUCCGAUCUUCACCAAACUUGGUCAGUAGUUGUAUGUAGAUAAUGUCUAGAUCAAGUUUGAAUAUGGGUCAUGCCAGGUCAAAAACUAGGUCAUGGGGUCACUUAGUAUGUUUUAAACUGUAAGUUUGUACGGACCAUAGCUAUGUUAUUUAUCGUUACAUUUUUAAAUGACUCGGUACAUUUGUUCACCAUCAUGGAACGGUGUGUCGCGUUAAAAGAAAUUACGUCAAUAUCUCAAAGGUCAAGGUCACACUUGGGAGUUCAAAGGUCAAAUGCUUGUCCGGGCCAUAGCUUUGUUUUUUAUUGUGAGAUUUUAAAAUCAUUUGGCACAUUUGUUCACCAUCAUUGAACAGUGUGUCGGGCGAAAGAAUUACGUCGAUAUUUCCAAGAACAAGGGCACAAUUUGAGUUUAAAGGUAAAAAAUGGCCAUAAUUGAGCUUGUCUGGGCAAUAACUAUGUUGUUUAUUGUGCGAUUUUAAAAUCGUUGGCUCUUUUGUUCACCAUCAUUUGACAGUGUGUCGCGCGAAAGAAUUACGUCGAUAUCUUCAAACUCAAAGUUGUAGUUUUAGUUCAAAGGUCAAAAAUGGCAAUAAAUUAUCUUGUCUGGGCCAUAAAUAUGUCAUUCAUUGUAAGAUUUUAAAAUGACUCUGUACAUCAAUUUUGUUCAAAGUCAUUGGAAGGCUUGUCAUGUGAAACAAUUCAAGAGUUCAAAGGUAAAAAUGGCUAUAAAUGAUAAUGGCAUAAUGAUUCUUAAAAAAUCGCCAUAAAUUGUAUUAUCUUGUUUUGUGAAGACAGCAUACAAAAUAGUCUGUGUCAAUGCGUUAUGUGGGGGUAUAUGUCACGUCUGUGACAAAGCUCCAGUUGGCAUGCAUGUGCAUCUUGUGAAGCUGCACAUAUUGAGUGGUGAAAAGUGAAGGUCAAGGUAAUCCUUCAAGGUUAAAUGUUAAAUAUAUUGCUUCUGUCCGUCCGUCUGAAAACUUUAAAAUUGGCCAUAACUUUUGAGCUCACCUGAGUGCAACAUGCUCAUGGUGAGCUUUUGUGAUUGCCUUUUGUCCGUUGUGCGUUGUAUGUCGUCAACAUUUUGCCUUGUGAACACUCUAGAUGCCACAUUUAUUGUCUGAUCUUCAUGAAAUUUUGCAGAACAUUUGUCACAUUGAUACCUCGACUGAGUUCGAAACUGGGUCAUGCUGGGUCAAAAAUUAGGUCACUAGGUCAAAAAAACAACAAAAAAACUUGUGAACACUGUAGAAGUCCAAUCUUCAUGUAACUUUGUCAAAAUGUUUGUCUAAAUGAUAUUUUGGUUUAGUUAAAAAUUGGUUCCGGUCCGUUGAAAAACAUGGCCGCCAGGGGCGGGGCAGUUUUCCUUAUAUGGCUAUAGAGAAACCUUGUGAACACUUUAGAAGUCAAAAUGUUUGCCUAAUCAUCAUGAAACUUGGUCAAAACAUUGGUUUUAUUUAUAUUUUGGACGAGUUUGAAAAUGGUCCAGAUCAGUGAAAAAACAUGGCCGCCAAGGGGCGGGGGAGUUUUCCUUAUGUCUUUAGUUAAACAUUGCUAACACUCUAGAGGCCACAUUUAUUGUCCAUUCUUCAUGAAAUUUGGUCAGAAGUUUGGUCUCAAUGAUAUCUUAGACGAGCUGAAAAUGCUUACGUUUGCUUGAAAAACAUGGCUGCCAAAGGGCGGGGCAUUUUUCCUUAUAUGGCUAUAUAUGGCUAUAGUAAAAUCUUGUUAACACUCUUGAGGCCACAUUUAUUUUCCGAUCUUCAUGAAACUUGGUCAGAAUAUUCAUCCCAAAAAAUAUCGUAGACAAGUUAAAAAAUGAUGCUGGUUGGUUGAAAAACAUGUCCGCCAGGGGGUGGGGCAUUUUACCUUAUAUGGCUAUAGUAAAACUUUGUUAACACUCUAUAGGCCACAUUUAUUUUCUUAUCUUCAUGAAACUUGGUCAGAAGAUUUGUCCUAAUGAUAUCUUGGAUUAGUUCAAAAAUAGUUUCGUUUGCUUAAAAAACAUGGCCACCAGGGGGCGGGGCAUUUUUCCUAAUAUGGUUAUGUAUCAUGCUUUACUAAAACAUUGUAAACACUCUGUAGGCCACAUUUAUUUUCCGAUUAUUAUGAAACUUGGUCAGAUGAUUUGUCCUAAUGAUAUCUUGGAUGAGUUCAAAAAUGGUUCUAGUUGGUGGAAAAACAUGGCCACUAAGGGGGCGUGGUAUUUUUCCUUAUAUGGCUAAAGUAAAACCCUGUUAAAACUCUAGAAGCCAUAUUUAUUGUACGAUCAUCAUGACACUUUGUCAGAAGAUUUGUCCCAAUGAUAUUUGGACAAGUUUGAAAUUGGUUCCAGUUGCUAAGAAAAACAUGGCCACCAGUGGGCGGGGCAUUUUUCCUUAUAUGGACUUAUGAAUCUUCUUGAAACUUUGUCAGUAUAUUAGUUUAAAUGAUAUCUUGGAUGUGUUUUUCACGUUGACAUUUGAAGCUUUAACUUUGUAUGAUUCUAAAUAUGUGUCAAUGCUGUCAGUUGAAUUUUGAAAUAUGAAGUUUUACAUUUUUUGUAGAUUAAAUAAUUUGUAAAAUGUUGCAGUUUCGUCAAUCAGUUUUAUAAGAUAUUGAGCUUUAGUUAUGAUGCAGAUUGUAAGAUUCUUAAUAUCUUUCAAUAUUGUGGAUAAGUUUUUGAGAUAUCAAGCUUUGAGUUUUAUGCAAAUUGUAUGAUUUUAAAAUGUUUUAAUGGUGUUGAUCAGUGUAAUGAAGAUUGCAUAAUUUUUAUGUUUUAAUUCUGUCUAUUGGUUUUCAAAAUGAAAGACUUUGAUUUUGUAAGUGCACUUUUAUCUCCUGAAAGAUUCUUUUCUAGUGUUUAGUUUAUAUUUUAAGGCUGUUUGCAAACUCGAAGUGAAAACAGUUCUAUUACAAUUUGGUAAGGACAUGACAUUGCAUAUCUGAUUUUAAAAUGUACUUUGCUGGCAACGUGUAAUUUUCUGAAAUGUCUUAGUAAGACUGUUGUUUGCAAUCAAAAGGUCUGUGCUUCAAAUACAGGGUAAUGCAUGUUUUUUGUCCAAAUUUAUGGCGAUUCAGACAUUGUUCUAUGUAAAUUUGGGGUUUGCUUGAAGGUUCAGUCUAUUUUUAUGUCCCUCACUAUAGUAGUGGGGGACAUAUUGUUUUUGUCCUGUCUGUUGGUUGGUUGGUUUAUCUGUUUACGCCAACUUUAACAUUUGCAAUAACUUUUGCAAUAUUGAAGAUAGCAACUUGAUAUUUGGCAUGCAUAUGUAUCUCAUAGAGCUGCACAUUUUAAUUUUCUGAAAGGUCAAGGUCAGAGGUCAAAUAUAUGUGGCCAAAAUCGCUCAUUUUAUGAAUACUUUUGCAAUAUUGAAGAUAGCAACUUCAUAUUUGGCAAGCAUGUGUAUCUCAUGGAGCUGCACAUUUUGAGUGGUGAAAGGUCAAGGUCAUAAUUCAAUGUCAUAGGUCGAAUAUAUGGCUUCAAAGCGGCGCAGUAAGGGGGAUUGUGUUUUACGAACACAGCUCUUGUUGUUAACUGCCUUUUUAGUCCCUUACCAGUGUUUCACUAAAGUCCGUGUACUUUGGACUCAUUUCAAGUUGACAUUUGAAGCUUUAACUUUGUAUGAUUCUAAAUAUGUGUCAAUGCUGUCGGUUGAAUUUUGAAAUAUGAAGUUUUUCAUUUUUUGUAGAUUAAAUAAUUUGUAAAAUGUUGCAGUUUAGUCAAUCAGUUUUAUAAGAUAUUGAGCUUUAGUUAUGAUGCAGAUUGUAAGAUUCUUAAUAUCUUUCAAUAUUGUGGAUAAGUUUUUGAGAUAUCAAGCUUUGAAUUUUAUGCAAAUUGUAUGAUUUAAAAUGUUUUAAUUUGUUGAUCAGUGUACUGAAGAUUGUAUACUUUUUAUAUGUUAUAAUUCUGUCUAUUGGUUUUCAAAAUGAAAGACUUUGAUUUUGUAAGUGCACUUUUAUCUCAUUAUGCCCCCCUUCGAAGAAGAGGGGGUAUAUUGCUUUGCUCAUGUCGGUCGGUCUGUCGGUAUGUCAGUUUGUCGGUCCGUCCACCAGGUGGUUGUCAGACGAUAACUCAAGAACGCUUGGGCCUAGGAUCAUGAAACUCCAUAGGUACAUUGAUCAUGACUCGCAGAUGACCCCUAUUGAUUUUGAGGUCAAAGGUCAAGGUCACGGUGACCCAAAAUAGUAAAAUGGUUUCCGGAUGAUAACUCAAAAAUUCAUACGCCUAGGAUCAUGAAACUUCAUGGCUAGAUUGAUCAUGACUUGCAGAUGACCCCUAUUGAUUUUGAGGUCACUAGGUCAAAGGUCAAGGUCACGGUGACCCGAAAUAGUAAAAUGGUUUUCAGAUGAUAACUCAAGAACGCAUAUGCCUAGGAUCAUGAAACUUCACAGGUAGAUUGAUCAUGACUCACAGAUGACCCUUAUUGAUUUUGAGGUCACAAGGUCAAGGUCACGGUGACCCGAAAUAGUAAAAUGAUUUUCGGAUGAUAACUCAAGAACGCUUUUGCCUAGGAUCAUGACGCUUCAUAGGUACAUUGAUCGUGACUCACAGAUGACCCCUAUUGAUUUUCAGGUCACUAGGUCAAAGGUCAAGGUCACAGUGACAAAAAACGUAUUCACACAAUGGCUGCCACUACAACGGACAGCCCAUAUGGGGGGCAUGCUUGUUUUACAAACAGCCCUUGUUAAAGAUUCUUUUCUAGUGUUUAGUUUAUAUUUUAAGGCUGUUUGCAAACUCGAAGUGAAAACAGCUCUAGUACAAUUUGGUAAGGACAUGACAUUGCAUAUCUGAUUUAAAAAUGUACUUUGCUGGCAACGUGUAAUUUUCAGAAAUGUCUUAGUAAGUAAGACUGUUGUUUGCAAUCAAAAGGUCUGUGCUUCAAAUCCAGGAAAAUGCAUGUUUUUUGUCCAAAUUUAUGUCAAUUCAGACAUUGUUCUGUGUAAAUAUGGGGUUUGCUUGUAGGAUCAGUCUAUUUUUAUGUCCCCCACUAUAGUAGUGGGGGACAUGUUGUUUUUGCUCUGUCGGUCUGUUGAUUGGUUGGUUGGUCUGUUUAUGCCAACUUUAACAUUUUGCAAUAUUGAAAGUAGCAACUUGAUAUUUGGCAUGCAAAUGCAUCUCCUGAAGCUGCACAUUAUCAUUGGUGAAAGGUCAAGGUCAUCCUUCAAGGUCAGAGGUCAAAUAUAUGUGGCCAAAAUCGCUCAUUUUAUGAAUUCUUUUGCAAUAUUGAAGAUAGCAACUUGAUAUUUGCCAAGCAUGUGUAUCUCAUUGAGCUGCACAUUUUUAGUGGUGAAAGGUCAAGGUCAUCCUUCAAGGUCAGAGGUCAAAUAUAUGUGGCCCAAAUCGCUUAUUUUAUUAAUACUUUUGCAAUAUUGAAGAUAGCAACUUGAAAUUUGGCAUGCAUGUGUAUCUCAUGGAGCUGCAAAUUUUGAGUGUUGAAAGGUCAAAGUCAUCCUUCAAGGUCAGAGGUUAAAUAUAUGUGGCCCAAAUCGCUUAUUUUAUGAAUACGUUUGCACUAUUGAAGAUAGCAACUUGAUAUUUGGCAUGCAUAUGUAUCUCAUAGAGCUGCACAUUUUGAGUGGUGAAAGGUCAAGGUCAUCCUUCAAGGUCAAAUAUAUGGGUCAAAAUUGCUCAUGUUAUGUUACUUCUGCAAUAUUGAAGCUAGCAAUUUUAUAUUUGACAUGCAUGUGUAUCUCAUGGAGCUGCACAUUUUGAGUGGUGAAGGGUCAAGGUCAUCCUUCAAGGUCAAACGUUAUAUACGGGGCAUUGGGUUUCACAAACGCAUCUUGUUGUGUAUGUAAUUAAUUUUGCUUAAUUUUUGUGAUCCCCCGCCAACAGCGGAGGGAUAUUAAUUUGGCAUUGUCCGUCUUUCCGUCUGUCCGUCCGGCACUUUUGUGUCCGGAACCAUAUCUUGGAAGUGCUUUAGCAGAUUUCAUUGAAACUUGGUACGAGUAUAUAUAUAUGGAUAAGAGGAUGAUGCACGCCAAAUGGCAUUGUACAUCCUUGAUUAAUAGCGGAGUUAUGACCCUUUGUAUUUGAAAAAAAUGCUUUUUUUGUGUGUCCAGAGCCAUAACUUGUAUCCAGAAGUAUAAUGGCGGGGGAUAUCAAUUCAACGAAUUUGCUUGUUAAAUCAGUUUUUAUUUUCAUGAUAAUCAUUUAGUUCGUACUGCAACUUAUGAUGGAUUGUUACUACUAUCUCCAAUUAUUUGUUUGUCAUGGGUCCGUCACCAUUUAUCUCUUAUAUAAUACUUGAAUUGAGCAUUUCACAAUCUGACAAUCAUGCAUAUCAUUUAUUAGUUUCAUAAUAAAACGUCUGACAAGGGUCAGAUAAUUUUAA